GCCAAAGCAGGGUUUCAAAAGAGGCUUUUCACCGCUCCUGUGCAAGAGAAAAGCUCUGCUGCAGCGCUACUGGACGCGUUCCUUCCUCGCGAGCACCGCUGCGCAAAAGCACGCACAAAUAAGGCAGCGUCUAAACCAGUCAAAGCAGUCAAAGAUGCUGGCGCCGCGCAAGACCCUCUGGUCGACGCCCGGCGUCGGCGUCGAAGCGGCCUGUCAGCUCUUGCGCCUGGGCGCCCAGGACAAAGUCAUUGACGUCGGCUGCGGCGACGGCCGCUUCCUCCUCGAGGCGGCCAAGCGCGGCGCGAGCGCAGUUGGAUUAGAAAUAGACGCCGAACGCGCAGAAGCGGCGAGGGCGAAUGGGUGUGUUGAUGUACGCACGUGCAACGCGCUGGACGAGGCGGAGUGGAGCAAAGCCUUCGACGACGGCGUGACGUGCGCGUUUUUGUACCUCGUGCCGCGCGGGCUGCGCCUCGUGGCACCUAGAUUGAUCGAACGAUCAAAAACAAAACCGAUCCGCGUCGUCACGUACAUGGCGCCACUGCCCGGCGCGAAAUAUGUCGAGAAGACGACGGUGACGCCGGCGCACCAGCCGUCGGCGGCGUGGCCCUUAUAUGCGUAUGAUCUCGGCGUGGCAACGGUGAAGGUGUGUGUCGUCGGACGGGACGCUUCGUUAGUGGUGGGGGCCAUCGCGCGAUACCAUCUCUUACAAGAGGACGACAAAGCGCCUCAACCUGUAGACGAGGCCGUGGUGCGCUUCCCGCGCACGCGUUAUGGUGUUAUGAACGUUUCGUUGCAUACGAGUGGAGAGGGGCCCUUCGCCGGCUAUAUUGUCCUGGCGUCGGAGCGGUGGAAGGACUACGUGACGGCCGCGCAUACAAGUGAUGCGCCUUUGCGCUUGCUGGCCGACGCCGGCGCCUUCAACGCGGACCACGCGCGCUGCGCCGUCCAAGUCGAUUUUGAAUACGUCCACGGCGUCGACGUGUCGCGGCCGAAAAAAGGCUGCGACGAGCGGGACAAGGACGGCCUCCCGCGCAUCGUCGAGGCGCUGCGCGAGGCGGACUGGGCGUCGACGACGCCGGUUGAAGCAGAAGAGCCGGCGGGGCCGCACGUGGCCGUCCUGGGCCCGGACGCGCUGCCGCUCUACCGGGCGCUGUGCCUGAAGUUAAGUGCGGCGCCCGUCGACGACGUACACACCUGCACGCUCUCUACGAAAUACUACGAGACGCCGCUGACGCUCUCCCUUGCCUCAACUCCUGAGACCGAAGCUUUGGUCUACUGCGGCCCGCCUUCCUCCGAGGCCGCGGCGCUCUUCGCCAACAACUUAAAAACGCGGCUCCUCGUCGUCCAGGGCUACGACACGGCCGCGCGCGAGUGGUGCGCGGCGCGCGGCGUCGAACUGGUUUCCGAGGCGCCGGCGGCCGCGGCCGCGCGCUGCCGCGGCGCCCUCGAGGCGACGCUCUGGUCGACGGUGGCGCCGCCAGAGCCGGCGGCGGCGCGGGUGUCCCGCGAGUUAUCCGACCACCUGGUGAACGCCAGUGACUCGCCGCCGCCGCCGCCGCCGCCGCCCGGGGGCUCCGGCGUCGACGCCUUCGAGGCGGCCGUCGACGCCGCGCGCGCGACUUGCGCCGAGAGCCUGUCCGACGAGGCGCGCCGGGAGCGGGCCGCGGACGUCGCGACGAAGCUGCUCGGCGCGUUGGGGGUUGGGGACGAGUCCGACAGUGAUAGCGUAACGUGA